CUUCUUCUUCUUCUUCUUCUUCUUCCCUCUCAGCUCGUCUCUCUAGCUUAGCAUGCAUGCGUGCUCCCGCCAUUUGAUCGUCAAAGCUUAUAUAUACACGGUACACCAGGCUCCUCCGACAAGACAAGAUCAUCCCUUCUCCCAUCCUUGCCCUCCUCCAUUGAUCCAUUCCUUCAAGCAAGAAACAAACAAACAAACAGAGCUCCACCGCCGAGAAACCUCCACCAAUGGCGACCACCAAGAAGAGGGAGAUGGUGUUCUUCGACGUGGAGGCGGCGCAGUCCCCGUCGCCGCCCGGCGAGUGCCGCCUGCUGGAGUUCGCUGCCACCCUCGUCUGCCCGCGCCGCCUCGUCGAGGUCUCCAGCUACUCCACCCUCAUCCGUCCCGACGACGUCGCCAACGACGGCAGUGUCCACCUCCCCUCCUCGGCCCCCUCGUUCGAGGACGUCUUCCAGGACAUCUUCGAGCUGCUGGACGGCCGCGUGUGGGCGGGCCACGGCAUCCGGCGCUCGGGCUGCCUGCGGGUGCGCGAGGCCUUCGCCGCCUUCGGCCUGCCCGCGCCGGAGCCCGUGGGCGUCGUCGACUCGCUCGACGUGCUCCUCGCGCAGGGCAGCUUCGGGCGGGCCGUCGCCGGGGACGACGGUCAGGACGAUGAGGCGGCGUCGGCGGCCCUGGCGGAGCACUUCGGGAUCGGCGCGCGGCGGGCGCGGGGGCUCCGGUGCCUGGACGGCGCCCGCGUGAGCCUCGAGGUGCUCAAGCACUGCGCCGGCGUGCUGCUGCUCGAGUCCAGCCUCCGCGGCGACGUGCCCGCCGGCGCCAGCCGCAGGAGCACGCCCGCGGCGACGCCCACGCCUAGCAGCAGCAACACGUUGGAGAAGGCGUUUGCCCGCGCGUCGGCCAAGACGACGACGCCGGCGAAGGCGGCCACCGCUCCUACUCCUCCGUCUCCUGCUGCUGCUUCUCCGGCGGCUGUUCAGAAGGUGAGUACGAGCACGGGGAAGAGGGACAGCACGGGGAAGGUGGUGGUGGUGGUGAAGAAGGGAGCGACAGCGGCAACUGUGACGACAACGACGGCUACCGGAGGUCGCCGGGUGCGGCCGCCGGCGCCGCCGUUCAGCAUGAUCCUCAGGCACUCGAGGGCCGUCAUCAGAUGAGAUGAUGAUGAUACAACCAAUCAUCUCAUCUCACCACUGAUUAUUGCACAGCUUAAUUGUAGUUCUGAUCCAUUAAUUUAUUCACAUUUGCAUUCCUUCAUUCAUUUGUAAAUUGUACACACUUGUAAAUUGGCUAGGCUGUGUUCAUAGUUAUCCUUAACUCAGGUUUAGUUUGACAGCAAUGAUUGUUGUAACCAUCACCAUCAUCAUCAUGUUGUAAAAAGACAGUCCAUUUCAUUUUAUUUGUAAA